GUAUUUUCUCUCCCCUGUCCAGCUGAGGAGGGGAGUGAUAGAGCGGCUUUGGUGUCCAGCCAGGGUCACCCCCGCCACCGUGAUUUAUCUUUCCUGGUCAUUUUGAUUUUAAGAAGUCCUUCACGGUUAAUCCUUGUGAGGACCUUCUGCCUCGUCCUGUGAUGGCGCAUCCUUUUUCUCUUGGUGACGAAGCUAAAUGAAGAGGUCAUCCUGGUCUGGAACCGAGGACAAAAACUGGGACCAGAACUGCGUGUCGUACCUAAGAUUCAAGUACUUGUAAGGUUCAAGACUUCCAGGAGGACAUACCUGUCCCUGUACUCGGUUUGUUUCCUACUUGUUCCCAAUAUUUGGUUUGCUUCUUCCCCCCCCCCCCCAUUCUGGUAGGUUUUGAGCUGGCAUUUGUGAGACUAUUUUAACUGCCAGAUUUUCUUGCUGAGUAACAAUAGCUGCCACAGGACCCAAGACAGUAAACCUGAGGUUAGAGCUUUGUCCCAUGUGCAUAAUUUUCCUUUUAUGAUGAAUUUAAUCUGCUGUUUUAUGACUUAUUGUCUCAAUCUCAUAAAGUCCUUUACGUUCAGUUCUCGUCCUUGUUGCUCUGAAUAACAUAGCAUCAUCAAAAAAAGUUAUCACCUCACUGUUUGACCCUUUUUUAGGACUAUUUAGGAAUGCGUUGAACUGACACCAAUGCAAAAACUCCACUAAUGACCCCUCUCCACUGAAUGUCUUGUGUUUGCAAAGUGGGCUAUAGUUGAAAGCAAGCUGUUGGAAAAUACAAUCAAGUUGCGUUGUACGUGCCAGACGAGGCAUCGAGAUGUUUUUAUGGGGGCUUUUUGCCAGUCGUGGGAAACUAAUUUCACCUUCCGUUUGGUGGUAGGCUGUGUUACCAGCAGGUGGAACAUGAAUUCUUCAGUUUGUAGAAGACAGAACACAGGCUACUAUGGUAAUGCAUAGCUUUAAUCAACUGGAUGAAAGAUUGUGUGUGCGUAAAUAGUGUGUAGCUUCUUGUAAGUUCUAGGAACUCUACUAAGUCACGGUCAAAGUCUGAGCAUUUGUUUCUUUGCUGUCGCUGUGCAUGAGAGAGGAAUUAAUUCCUGUUAUUUUGUCCUGUGUACACUGAGUUGUUCAGUUCACAGAUCUUUGGGGGGGGGGAAAUGCUGAAUAUUUUGCAUGUGAGCUUGCAGUUUAAACUUCUUGCAUGUUUGAUGUUCUAAUUAAGCAUUAAGUAUUUACGAAUGUGCGUGACUUGUAGACAUCUUUUACUGAGCGAAGUGUUCUUCAGGCCUCCAAAAAUAAUUAAUAAUUAAUAUUAAUUAACAAAUAAUUCUUUUCAACUUUAGGAGUUACUAACGUCUUUCCCCUGUAAAUUCCUACCGCAGCUGACCGCAAUUGCAGUUGGAGCUGCAGUCGCAUUACUGCUGAUAGCAAUUGUUGGGUUUGUCGUUUACAGAAGAGUGAAACAAUCAUAGCUACAUAUGUUUUAAAAACGGUUUUCUCAGCUGUCUUCAGUAUUUUUAUGAUAACAUGUGGUAAAUGCUAUGCCGAUUUGUAAUAACUGCUUUCUGUGAAGGUAGUGGUUCUUGCAGGGAAACAGCUUUAAAAGGAUGAAGAACUUGUGUUGAUUCACUUCCCCAGGUCUGAACAUAGAAUUCGGAACUGUCUCCUGCAGGACGCUGGAGGUUUUUAUUUCUCUAGUGUAUGAUAGCCUUAGUAUCAGUUGGCAUGCAAAUAACUUCAACCCUGCUGCGAUUUCACUGUUAAAGUAAUGAGAAAUGGGUGAAUUAGAGUUUUCCUUUGUGAGAUUAAAUUCGCCUGAUCCUUCUCUCUGUUCAGAGAGCCUUUGUAUCUCCUCCAGCGAUUAGGUAGAGCCUCUUCCCUAGUCUGGCUUGGGUAACCAGAGUUGGAUAAUGAGCUAUCUUGUGUUGGUUUAAAUUCCAGAUGCUGGCCACAAGAGCGUGCUGCUUAGUAGACAGGAGCCACAGCUGUUACAGAGGUAGCAAAAUUGACAACCUGUGCUGAGUUUUCCUUCCCUUAGCACAGAGCCGCAGAUGGAUUCUGAUGUGAUGCUUCUCUGUUUCCGAAUAACUUCAGCCACACGUGCCUCAGUACAGAUUUUGCAAGAGAGACAAAGCGAUGUUCUGUGGGUGGAAGAUCAUGAGAAAGGUUACGACUCUUCCGAACUCUCUGGUUGGGGACGCUGUGCCUCGCCAAAGGAUGCGGAAGCGGGCAAAAGUUUUAUCUUUGGCUAAAAGGAUUCUGUGUAGUAAUAGGGAAUGUCCAACUCUGCAGCCGAAAGAACCGCCUCCUUCUUUGCUAGAGCCAGAUUUGACUGAAUUUGAUGUAAAGCAUUCCCAUUUGCCAUCGGAAGUCCUAUACGUGCUUAAAAAUGUUAGGGUCCUUGGCCACUUUGAGAAACCUCUUUUCCUGGAACUGUGCAAGCAGAUGUUAUUUGUGCAAUUGCAUGAAGGUGAAUACGUCUGCUGUCCUGGGCAGCUGGAUGACAGCAUCUACGUUGUGCAGGAUGACAAGCUGGAAGUUUGCAUUCAAGAAAGCGUAAGAACAAACCGAUCUGCGGUUCUUGAGGGUGGAACAGAAGUGGUUGUUAAGGAGGUGCUGGCGGGAGCCAGCGUCCACAGCCGCCUCAGCAUCCUUGAUGUUACCGUGCUGGUGACUAUCGGAAGGUUGUGCUCCUUGGCAGGUGACAAGAUGAGCUACAUGGUAGUUGGUCGUAUUUAUUGCACAAAUUAGCGGUGUGGAUUUUGCUUCAGUUGGAGUUACAAUGGUGGUUUUGCUGAAAUUGUCACAGUGUCUCUAUUUAGGAAUACCUAAACAGAAGGUGGUGAAUUCAUCAUCUUUGAUAAUAUGCAAGCACUUCAAGCGUUUGCUUGAAGGAUUUUGAUAGUUGAGAGGAUGAAGAUAGUGUAAUCAAUAAGUUGUUCAUAUUUGACCUUGUAUCAUGUUUCUCUUGUGCUUGGCUGUCUCCGUUCAUUAAAAGGUACUGUUAUUCCAUCUGUACGUAGUUUUAAUGAUUCUGUAAAGUGUUCUUUGCCACUUCUAGGUGCAAGCGUGUAUCUGUGUAUCUGUACGUAUAAUUUCCAUAAAACCUAUUGAAAGUGAUAAACAAUUUUUAAGCUUGGUCACGCUCUCUUCUGUAGAAAGUAAUAGCACAUGAAUAAUUUGGACUGCAGGAGUCUAGUUCAUGCCGUCAAAUCCGUAUUAAUAGCAGAUGUAGAGGCAUCUUUGCCCUUGUUACUUCCACCAGUAAAUUUUCUUAAUGACAAUAUUCUAAAGAGCAGGACCAUCGUAUAGGAACGUGAAUACUAGUCAUGUUCUUUUCCUAUAUUCUUUUUGAAUAAACAAGAAGAAAUCCUUCUGGUAUAACAA